AAAUAUCAUCCUUUAGCCGCUUAUACCUUUUUUUGUUUCAAUAUACGGUAUACCAGUAAUUACAAGUACACUCUGUUUAUAUUUACAUCAAUACUCUCAUCACUUCCUAAUCCUCUACGUGAUUGCAAUCGCUUCCUAAUUACAUCAAUAUUCAAUAUAUAUCAAUUCCACUCAAGAACUCAUCAAAGAUACAUCCAUGGCUUCAGCUACUACAAUUUCAUCAUCAGAACCAACAAAGGUUCAUACAUCAAAUAUUUCAAGCAUCAAAGCCUUUGCGGAAUCAAAUGGAACCUCUCUCAUUCCUUCCAAUUACCACUCCCUCACAGAACAUGGUGAUAUUAUUGAUGUUGCAGAUGAGAUUGCAGCUUCCAUCCCAAUCAUUGAUUUCUCUCUGCUCACUUCAGAUGACCCUCAAAUCCACACAAAAGCUGUUCAUGAACUAGCCAAGGCAUGUUCUGAAUGGGGUUUCUUCAUGCUCACAAAUCAUGGAAUUCCUGAGAGUCUAAUGGAGGAGUUGAUGAAAAAAUCUCUCGAGUUUCAUGAUUUGCCGGUGGAGGAAAAGAAAGAGUUUGGUGACAAUGGUGAGCCUUUCUCACCCAUCAGACAUGGCACUAGCUUCCAUCUUCCAGCAGAGAGUGUACAUUUUUGGAGAGAUUACCUCAAAGUCUUAACAUCUCCCCAAUUCAAUUUCCCUCACAAACCACCAGGUUACAGUCAACAUUUGUGCAGGGAGGUUGCCUUUGAGUAUAGCCAAAAAAUCACAUGGGUGGCAAGGAAAUUAAUUCAAGGAAUAUCCGAGAGCUUAGGAUUAGAAUCCAAUUCCAUAAUUGAGUCAUCUGGUUUUGACUCUGGUCAACAAAUCAUGGCUGUGAACUUGUACCCUCCAUGUCCACAACCAUACCUUGCUCUAGGGUUGCCUGCACAUUCUGAUGUUGGCUUCUUGACCUUCCUCAUAGAAAAUGGAAUUGGAGGUCUUCAAGUUAAGCAUGAGGAUAAAUGGAUCAACGUGAAUCCCAUUCCCAACUGCUUAGUUGUCAACAUUGGAGAUCAACUCGAGGCUGUGAGUAACGGGAGGUAUGAGAGUGUGUUACAUCGAGCAAUCCUCAACAACAAGGAUACUAGAAUAAGUCUUGUAGUGGUGAAUGGACCUGCAGAAGAUAGAGAUAUUGGACCUGCUCCUGAACUAUUACUGAAAGAAAAGCCAUUGUUCAAAAGUAUCAAGUAUCGUGAUUAUUUCUUACUUCAACAGAAGUCACGAUUGUCAGAUGAAAGGGCCUUGGACAAGAUUCGGUAUAGUGCUCAACAAUGACAUAUAUGAUAUGGUUGUUGUUAUUUAAUGGUAUGGGUAGAGGGCAUUGCUCAUUUCAUCAACAAAAUUGUUCGCCUACACCUAAAAAAACCUUCAAUACCUCUGACGGCAAUUUUCGCUCCUUAACAUUUAGUUUAGAAGUGAACCGCAGUUAACUGUCGUUGAAGGUAUUUUGAUCUUUUUUAGAUGUGGGAGAACAAUUUUGUUGGUAGGAUGAACAAUUUCCACGUGUAGUGUAUAGUAGAUGAUGUCUAUAUGUUCAAUAAAAAAAGAUAAUGUUCAUGAGAAUGUGAUUUUAGCUAGUGAAAUAUGAUUUUCGAGUUGUUAUUCAGAUUGUUUAAAGUACUUCAACUUCUAUUGUGGCUCUUCAGUCCCUUUUAUUCAA